AUGCCCGAGGCAAACGCACCACCGCUCCCCAAUAAUAGACACUUGCAACAGCAACAACCUCCACCACCGCCAAAUGAACCGGCCGUCAAGAUCGCUGCUACUGUGACCCUUCCGCACCAAACGGUGCAGGGGGAGGAAAUCGAUACCGGUGUUUCGAACGGAGACGUUGAUUGGCUAUUUCGGGGCAAAUCAAAAAAGUUGGUCAAGAAAAUGACCAGCAGCAGCAUCCACCCUGACGGUAAGGAGUAUAAAAAACUGGGAGAACUGGAGGCAAAUGGAAAGCUUGAGGGUGGCAAACAUGCGCUGCAGCAGCGGACUGAGUCCACCGCAGCGCAACAGUCCUUGCCUCCUCCACGCGAAGGACAAACAGCGAAACCUCAGAAACCUGAACCUCGACCUCAGCCUCAACCUCAGGCUCAACCUCAGGCUCGACCUCAGCCUCAACCGCAGGCUCAACCUCAGCUACAGCCGACGGAAAAGACGUCAAAAUUGGACCGGUUGAUGGGAAGGUCCAGAUCCUCGUCAGCUUCGUCGGUGCCUGGGGUCGGUGUCGGUGUCGACAAGUGCAAGUCAUCCAAAUCGAGCCCGCAACAACCGGCGUCGCCGAGCCGCAGAAAUAGCAGCUUCACCUUUAUGGCUCCAUCUGUAACUAGUGACUUGGUCUACAAUGACCACGACGAAGCACGGUUGAAACUAAGGCCUCCUGCAACAACCACCACUAGUGGAACUCCUACCACCACUACCAAUACCACGCCGGCCUCGUCAACUACAUCCUCACCAAGCGUAUCGCGGUCAAACAGCAAAAAAGGGCUAUUCAGCUCGCUAUCGUCCAAAUUCAAAUCGCAAUCGAGUGCUAUCCCGCCUGCUCAACCACCCAAGUUGAAUCCAAACUUGAUUGGAGCUGCUUCUAAUGCUAAACAACAGGAGGAUCUAAUUGCGCUGACGGAUCGCGUGCCAGCUGGUUCUGGAAUCCCCAUCCGAAGACGCACCUCGUCAAAUUCCUCAUCCUUGUCAAAAAACAUAGCAUCUUCAAUGUUUAAAGAUUCUUUUCAAGACGAACCACCCCCAAAUUCGUCAAGCUCAAUUCCAACUCCAACUUCAACUUCAACGCCUACACCUCCAAAUGAUCCCUUGAGAUUUUUCCGUAGAAAAUCAUCGUCUGUGAACACUUUUCCCACAGGUAAACCCACAGUCACCACGCAAAACCCACCACGAGUCAUCUUGAACAAAAAUAGAAAUCGUGUUUUGCUACCGUUGCCAGAGUUGCAAGAUGUCAAGAUGAAAAGAGUCACUUUUGCCAUUGACAAGUUGGAUUAUGACCCGCAGCAACAAAUACCAUCACGAAGACCAAGAAAGGGCAAUGUCAUGAUCCCGCAGGAUUUAAAUGCGCCACUUCCACGGCUUUGCUUGGGUAUCGCAACAACUAGCAACAACAAGGAAGGUGUGCUACAGCAAACAGCCCAGUACAGUGAAAAGGAAAUCAAUUCAGCUUUUGAAGCUCAAAAGAGAGCUUUGGCCGAGGCCGACAAACACCAACAUGAAGCUCAUUUACAGGCCAAGAGAAUUGCAAUGGAAGUGGCUAGUUUCAAGACGUUGAAGAGCAACAAGUUGAAAGAUAACGGCGACAUUGAUGUUGGAACUGGAACUGGAACCGGAGCCGGAGCCGGAGUCGAUGUCGAUGAACAAGAAGCUGAAGAAGAGGCUGAAGUAGAUGCAAGGAUACUGAAAAAGUUUGCCACAGAUGCAUCAAUCGACCAACCUUUGCACUUUCAUGAACAACACUUUGGAGAAGCAAAAGAACAAGACGGAGAUAAAGACAACAAUUUAGAAGAACAAAAUGGCAUCUCCUUGGAAACCAUUUAUACCAGAUGCUGCCAUUUGCGGGAAAUCUUGCCCAUCCCAGCCACAAUCAAGCAGUUGAAGAAUAAAACAGCCCCGUUGGAAGUGUUGAAGAUGUUGAAUCCCAAGCCUACAUUGAUCGACGUCUUGUCAUUUAGCGACUUCAUUGCCAUCACCCCCAUCAACACGGUCAUUUUCGACAAUGUCACCAUGACCACCGAGAUGUUGAAAUGUUUUCUUGUGUCGUUAAUCAACAAUCAUGCACUUGAAAAACUCUCGUUGCGCAAUGUGGCCAUUGAUCACCAUGGUUGGAAGUUGCUAUGUGCUUUCCUUGCCGAAAACAAGACCAUCAAGAAAUUGGACAUUUCCCAGCAAAGAGUCAAGGCCGAAACGUCACCAGAUUGCAUCAGGGGCAAUCUAAACUGGACCUUGUUUAUUGAGUCAUUGGCAUACUGUGGUGGCAUUGAAGAGUUGGUGAUAAACGGUUGCAAAUUGCCCGACAAGGUGUUUCAGACUUUGAUCAACAAGGCUGUUAAAGUAGCCACGAGAAGACUUGGCGUUGCUGCGAUUGAAAUGAACAUGGCCAAGGCGCAAAUGGUGGCUGAAUACAUCUCCGACCCGGAAUCCAAAUGUGUUGGCGUUGAUAUUGCAUUCAAUGACCUCAGUCGUGGUCAACUUCGCCCUUUUAUUGAUGCAUUCAACACAGGAAGCACCAACUUAUUAUUUUUAUCACUCAAUGCCACCAACUUGUCCAACAUCAAAGAAGCGAGGGAACUUUUGAAAAGCUUAAUCCAUGUCAAGUCAUUAAGAUUCUUGGACUUGAGCUCGAUACCGAAAUUGUUCCCCGAGAUUAUCUCCUCCUUGGCCGAGUUUUUGCCGCAGUUUCCCAACUUGAGACGUAUUCACUUGGACUUGAAUGAAUUGACAUCGCAAAGUAUCGGUACAAUUGCGAUGUUUUUAUACAAGGUUCCCAUGUUGGUGCACGUUUCGCUCUUGGGCAACCGGAAUUUGAACCACUCGGUUGCCGCAACCAUAUACUCGGCCGUUAAGCAGUCCAAGACCUUAUUUGCAUUGGAUAUCGAUUACGAUUUAAUUAGCGACGAAAUGUCGCAGCGCAUUGCUUUUUAUCUCAUGAGAAACAUGAACAACACCAUGAAUUCACAUUACCACAUGGACUCGGAGGCCAAGGAUGAAGAUUUGAUGUUUGAUGGCUCGUUGUUGAUGGAGACGGCCGAGAAGUUGUUGAGUGAAAUUGACCAGCAGGAUAAAAGCGAGCAAAAGGAAAAUUGGAAAAUUCAAAAGAUUAUUUCCGAUGCCAUGUUGGAGAGAACUCGAGCCAUCCGUGGCGACAUCCACAAGACAAUUGACGUCUUGUUCCAAAAGCGGACAGAAAACAAGUUGUCCUUUGACGGUAAGGAGACCUUGGUGAGGUUUUGCUUACUUGACUCGUCAUUGGAGAAACUAGUCCAUAUGUUUGAAGAACACGUGCAAAAAUUUGAAGGUCACCCAUCACAUGAAGGAACUCCAGAUGUGCAAAUUGCUCCAGCUCAACAGGAAACACUGCACGCUCAGCAUCUGGAAGUACCCGACACUUUGCAUCAUAGUUCGAAUGAGUUAAUCACUGCUGGUCCGAUUUUGUCUCCUCGCGCAUCACACUUGCAACCUCUCACGUCAUAUUUCCCUUCGACUGCUGCUGCUCAGGAAACUCAGAAUCUAUUGCAACCGCACCAAGUGGUGGUGGAGUCGAACGAAGAUGGCGAAAAUGUCGUGAUUGAUCGAUUAACGGGGCGUCCCGUGUUGAUGAGAACCACGAGCCAGGGAAGUUUCCAUAAUGCCAAGGAGCAAGAGAUUGAAGAGGGCGAGUUCCAUAAACUAGGAUUCUUUAUGCAGUUGAGAAACGACCCUCAACAAGAAAAUAAAAAGGGGAUGUUGUUGAAUGCAUUACCUUCGGGGUCCGAGUUGCGCGAUGCCAUCAUUGCAGCCAAGGGCAUUGAAAAUGUUGACGAUUUAAUUGAAAGGAUCAACAAUAGCAAGAUUGGCAUCGACAAGAUUCUCCCUGUUGAUGAACCACAAGCACAACAACCAUCACAAUCGCAAUCACAAUCGCAAUCACAACCGCAACAACCACCAUCACAGCAACAACAACAACUGCAACAACCAUUGGUUUCUGAAUCGGGCGGAUCAAGCGAUACGGGGUCUAUUGAAUCGGACCCAGCUCCGGACCAAGCUCCGGACCCCGUGGUGGACAAGGUCUACGAUAAACUACUCAACGACGCCGAACGAGUCCGCCUGAACAAGGGAGAAGCCAUUUAG